AUGGCUUCGAAAAAUUCCGGAAAACGAGGUGCAAAGCAGCUGACGAGUAGUGAAUUAUCGUGCAAAUCUACUACUUCCAGUGCCAAAGCAAGAUUGGCCGAGCUGGAGCUUAAGCGACUUGAGGAAGAGAAGAAGCUUAAUGAAAAUUUGCUCAAUGAACGACUUCAAAAGGAGAAGGACAUCCAACAGAAGGAAAACCAGCAGGAGAGGGAACGUUGUGAGAAGGAAUUGAAAGAGAAGGAACGCUUGGAAAAGGAAUUUUUGACAAAGUGGUAUGAAGUGAUGCGAAGUAUGGCUGAAGAAGACGACGGUGGAAGUUGCAGAAGUUUUCAUACGAACAGGAGCAGCGCAAACAAAGUGAAGCAUUGGCUUAAUGUUCAGGUUUUACCGACUUCGGAAGUGGUAUCAGGGGAAAUUCAAAACCCAACUAUUAUCCCGUCGAAUACGAAACCGACCACAGUGUUGCAAUCUCCCGUAGGAACGAGCCGUCCCAUUCCAGAACCCAAUACAACGCAAGUGAUACCGCAAAUGACGUCAUCGGAGCAGCAGAAGCAGAUACAAAUGCUGCCUAUGAGAGCAUCGGUGGUAACUCAACGAUUCGCAAAACCGCUGAUUGCGUCAUCAACUCCGAUUCAGCAGCAAUCAGGACAGCCAGCAGCGCAGAGGCAACAGUUCGAGUUUCAACAUAUCACACAAGCACAUCCCCCGUCCCACGCACCCUUUCAGGAGAUACCUCAUGAUGUUAGACCAGGUGAAGUAAGACCGACCGAGCACGUUAACGACAGGUAUAUGGUUCCAAAUUAUGGUCAUGUGCCUACUGCUACUGUUCAUGACUACCAGACACCCGUUGUCCUCCCGUCUCUCGCGCCUGUAGCUACAGGAUCUCAACAACUGUACGGACCUAAUGUUCAGCAGUUACAGGCACGCAACGUGGUUCCAAAGGAAUUACCUUGGUUCAAUGGAGACCCCUCCGACUGGCCCAUAUUCAUAUCAAGCUACAAUAACACUACUCAAAUGUGUGGCUAUUCGGACUCCGAAAAUCUGAUGCGCCUUCAACGGUGCCUUCAAGACAAAGCUCGGGAAGCUGUGAAAAGUUUCCUCCUCCACCCAUCGACACUUCCUCAAGUAUUGUCUACGCUAUACAUGCUAUAUGGCAGGCCGGAGUUGAUUGCCAACACUCUGCUGACUAAAGCAAGAUCAUCUCCUGCACCAAAAGCGGAUAAACUCGACAGUUUGAUAGGCCGUGUUGAAGCACCUGAUGUAGCAAUUUUUUCCAGUUUCAUGACGUCACUAGUUUCUGCAGUAAGUCAUGUGGUUUCACCUGUAGUGGUCGUGACUGAGCCCAAUAGCGAGAAGCGUAAGGAUAGGGGCUAUAUCAACAGUCAUUCGGUUGUGGGUGAUUCUUCCACCUCUGCAGAUGAACAAUUCAAUCCUAAACCGUGUCCUAUCUGCAAGAAAGCUGGGCACAAAACGAAGGAUUGUUUCGAGUUCCGAAAACUAGAUGUCGACACCCGUUGGAAAUUGGUCCAGCAAAACAGUUUAUGCCGUCGAUGUCUUACGUCUCACGGAAAGCGGCCAUGCAAAAGUGAUGUGUGCGGAAUAGACGGAUGUGAGUACCGACACCACAGGCUGCUCUAUUCGGUGAAAUCGACCUGUGAAAUCAAACAAACCAAAAAAUCAACGCCCAUGGGCACCGCAUCCCUUCAUUGUGAUGAAAAUGGUUCCACGUUGUUUCGUUUGAUUCCCGUUACACUUCAUGGCAAAAAUGUUCAAGUGAGCACGUACGCGUUCUUGGAUGACGGAUCAGAACUCACUCUGGUGGAUAAAGACUUGGCGAAGAAACUGAACGCCAAUGGCGAGCUGCAACCGUUGUGUAUGCAGUGGACGAGUGGUGUGACCCGCGCAGAACCUGAUUCACAAAUACUACAGCUCCGAAUCUCGGGUCGUGGAAAGGCCAAGGAAUUCGCCUUGAAGGAUGUCCACACAGUAUCAUCUUUGAAACUUCCAACGCAGACGAUGGUAUACAGUGAGUUGCAGGAAAGGUUCCAGCAUCUCCAAGGUUUAGCGAUAGAAGAUUAUCAACGUGUAACACCGCAGUUAUUGAUUGGUUUGGACAACACGCGUCUGUGUGCCAGCUUGAAGAUUAAAGAAGGAAAAUCAGGUGAACCGGUGGCGGCGAAGACCCGAUUAGGUUGGAUGAUAUAUGGUAGCUUACCAGGAACCAUAACGUUCAAUAGACAGCGUUACGUUCAUGUGUGCACACGUUCUUCGGAAGAUGAGCUGCACAACCUGGUACAAAACUUUUUUGAUGUGGAAAGCGCAGGUGUCCGUGCUACACCUUUACUUGAAUCUUCUGACAUUUACCGAGCUCGUACGAUACUGGAAGCAACAACCCACAGAACAUCUACGGGGCGUUUCGAGACAGGACUUUUGUGGCGCUCCGAUUAUAUCGAACAACAACUGAAGGACUAUCAACUCAAGGGCUAUGCCCAUAUCAUCACGGAGGAAGAAUUGUGGUCCGCUGAUCCUCGUCGAGUUUGGUACCUUCCCGUGGGUUUUGUGGAGAACCCAAAGAAACCAGCGAAAGUCCGUAUCGUCUGGGAUGCGGCGGCGAAAUCGGAGAAGGUGUCUUUCAACAGUAUGAUCCUCAAAGGACCAGAUCUCCUCACAUCUCUUCCUGGUGUUCUCAGUCGUUUCCGCCAACGGAAGGUGGCGAUUAGUGGUGACAUCAAAGAGAUGUUUCACCAGGUUUUGAUUCGUGGCGCUGAUCGAGACUCACAGAGAUUUCUCUGGAGAGACGAUCCUACGCAACCUGUUGACACUUACGUAAUGGACGUGGCGGUAUUCGGCUCCGCGUGUUCCCCGUGCAGUUCACAAUUCGUCAAGAACUUAAAUGCAAAAGAGCACGAGAAGACGUACCCAAGGGCGGCGCAAGCAAUCAUCCGGAGCCAUUAUGUCGACGACUACCUCGACAGCUUUGAUACCAUCAACGAAGCUAUCACCGUUGCCAACGACGUAAAGCUGGUCCAUGGAAGAGCCGGAUUCGAGAUCCGGAAUUGGCUUUCGAAUAAGACAGAAGUAGUUAACCAAAUUGGGAACGGAUCGGGAGAAUCAGUGAGAACAUUUACCCUGGAUAAGGGUAAUGGAUGCGAGCGCGUGUUGGGAAUAUCCUGGAUUCCCGACGAAGAUGUCUUCAGGUUUUCAUUGGUACUACGUGAUGAGUUACGGGGCCUACUCGAAGAAAAGAUAGUUCCAACGAAACGUCAGAUCCUCCGAGUGGUUAUGAGCGUGUUCGACCCUCUGGGGUUGAUAACGAUGCUAGUGAUCCACGGGAAAAUAAUCAUCCAAGAAGUCUGGAAAAGUGGUACUGGAUGGGACGACGCCAUUUCUGCAACCAACUUCGUUCGAUGGCAGCGGUGGACGACAGCUUUGUCUCAUCUAAAAGAAAUAGCUAUCCCGCGUUGCUACUUCCCGGGAUAUUGUCCUAAUAGUUUGGACACCAUGGAACUCCAUAUCUUUGUGGACGCCAGCGAGGAGGCUUUCGCUUGUGUUGGGUAUUUCCGGGUAAUUGAUCGAGAUCAAGUACGGUGUGCCCUAGUUUCGUCGAAGAGUAAAGUUGCUCCAGUAAAAGCUCUAUCGAUUCCACGACUUGAGCUGCAAGCGGCAGUGAUCGGAACGCGUUUAGCGAAAUCGAUAGCUGAAAAUCACGAUCUACCGAUUCUUCGACGAGUGUUCUAG